AAAGCUCCAGUAAGUCGGUUUUAACUGAAAGUGUAGUUCAGACACGUGACUUUAGUUUUGUAGGCGGUCAUUCCUGCUUUACUGAAAAGAUUUACAGGCUGUUUUCACGAAGCUGGACUGUAUCUGUGGAGCUUUUAUCGUGUCUGUAUGUUCUGAGGUGCCUGCGUUUUUCUUUCAUAGAACGCCGUUUCAUUCUUUAGAAGUUUGUUGUAACGAGCUGGAAAACGGGCUGAAAAUGAGAUACUGACCCGUGGGAAAGUUUCAGUUGCGUGUCAUUAAUGUAGCAUGAGACAAACUACCUCCGUUGCUUGAGUUUAUAACGUCGAGUCCACGGAUUAAAGACUUGCAAUGAGUUUAUAUGUGCUUCGCAAAAGCUUUUUCAACAACUGUCUGAAAGUCUCCAAGAAAAAUGAAUUGCACGAAGGAGGUCGGUGGCUGCAAAUGUGCAGAUCCAAAACAUCUGCACCAAAAAACUUCUGCGAUUAUGAGAGCAUGAGACGGAUUUACAACAUACAAGUUCCACAGCGUUUUAACUUCGCCAAGGACGUGCUGGAGCAGUGGGAAACAAAAGAAAAACAGAACGGACAGAGGUCGUCUCUUCCAGCUCUGUGGUGGGUGAAUGACAGCGGGCUGGAGGUCAGAUGGAGUUUCGAGGAGUUGGGCUUCCACUCCAGAAGACUUGCAAAUGUUUUGCAUCAGGUGUGCAGUUUAGAGAGAGGGGACCGUGUGUUCCUCAUCUUACCCAGAGUCCCUGAGUGGUGGCUGGUUAACGUGGCAUGUCUCCGAACAGGUACGGUUCUGAUCCCCGGCACGUCUCAGCUCACUGCUCGAGAUAUCUGCCACCGGCUGCAGGCGUCUGGGGCCAAGUGUGUGAUCACAGAUGAAACUCUGGCUCCACUGUUGGACUCCGUAUCCUCAGAAUGCCCUUCCAUCUCCACCAAGCUUCUGCUGUCCCACAGGUCCAUGCACGGCUGGGGCAACCUGACCGAACUCAUGGGAAAGGUGUCAGAUGAUCAUGUAUGCAUGGACACCAGGAGUGAUGAGGCCAUGACGAUCUUCUUCACCAGUGGCACAACCGGCUCUCCAAAAAUGACCCAACACAGCCACUGUAGUUACGGUCUGGGGCUCACGGUGAACGGCAGGUACUGGCUGGAUCUGACUGAGCAGGAUGUGUUCUGGAACACGUCAGACACAGGUUGGGCCAAGUCUGCAUGGAGCAGUGUGUUUGCACCAUGGAUCCAGGGAGCGUGUGUGUUUGUUCACUACAUGCCACGUUUUGAUACAAGUACAGUCCUCAAGACUCUGAGCAGCUAUCCCAUCACCACCUUCUGCACGGCACCAACAGCCUAUCGAAUGCUUGUACAGGACGACAUAUCCAGGUUUAAGUUCAGGGCUCUUGAGCACUGUCUGUGUGCAGGAGAGCCCAUAAACCCAGAGGUGAUGUGGAAAUGGAAAGAACUCACUGGAUUGGACAUCUAUGAGGGAUACGGACAGACUGAGACUGUUUUAAUAGCAGGCACAUUCAAAGGCAUGAAGAUCAAACCAGGAUCUUUUGGAAAGGCAUCACCAGGAUAUGAUGUUCAGGUGGUGGAUGAAGAUGGUUCUGUUGUGCCACGAGGACAAGAGGGAGACCUCGGCAUCAGAGUCAAACCAGAGAGACCCUUCUCUCUUUUUACAGAGUAUACAGGGGAGCCAGAGCGUACGGCAGAAUGUUUCCGAGGCGAUUUCUACCUGACUGGUGACAGGGGAAUGAUGGACGAUGAAGGAUACCUGUGGUUCAUCGGCAGAGCUGAUGAUGUCAUCCUGUCUGCAGGGUACCGCAUUGGUCCAUUUGAGGUGGAAAACGCUUUGAUAGAGCAUCCAGCCGUAGCAGAAUCUGCUGUGGUCAGCAGCCCUGAUCCAGUUCGAGGAGAGGUGGUGAAGGCUUUUGUAGUGCUGACAGCAGAUUAUAAAUCAAGAAACCAUAAGGAACUGAUCCAGGAACUGCAAACACAUGUGAAGACUGUGACAGCUCCUUAUAAAUAUCCACGCAAGAUUGAGUUUGUGGAUCAUCUUCCCAAGACAGUGAGUGGGAAAAUCAGGCGAGUGGAGUUAAGAAAGAAGGAAUGGGGACAGCAAACCAGCAAACAAAUCUGGAAAUGAGAAAACUGAUUUCUGAACAAAUCACAUUCCACCUUUUUGUAUCCAACAUUCCCAGAUGUCUUCCCAGUUUAAUGCACCACAUAUAAGACUUUCAUCUCACCUGCAGGUGGAGGCAUUUCAUAAGAAUCAAGCUGCAGAACUCAUUUCUAAUUUCAUGCAUCAAACAUUUUAUAUGAUUAUACCUCAUGUUCAAUCAUGUUUAAGUGGAGUAACUCAGAAUUUAUAUGCCUUGCAGUUCAAAUGCAUUUAAUUCUUUUCAUAUUAAAUUUUUGAUCAUAUUCAGCAUAUGCAAAACCUAAAUGUGAAUUAAUUUGUAACAAAAUAAGCAUUUAUAUA